UCUUCGCUACGAAGAAAUCAUCUAAAUCAUGACAAAACGAAGGAAAGGGGGCAUGCGUCAGUAGAAAGCUGCCGUGGCUGAUAGCCCUGCGUUCCCGGUUCCCCUGGCGCUCCGCCCCCUUCCCCUCUUUCUCGUAGCUCCACACUCGUAGCCUUGAUCUCUACAGGCGCCUCUCUCUCUCUCAACGGGCUAGUUACUAGAUAUUAGGGUUGCACAACCUUCUCGAUCCGAUCUGCUCCUCAUCUGGUAAGCUGGCGCAGUUCUCGCUGAUCGAUUCCUUCCCGCUGAUGGAGCCUCGCGCCAACGAGUGGGAUUUUGUCAUUAAGGUGAAGUAUGGUGACACACUUAAGCGAUUUAGUUCUCAUGUCCAUGGAGAGGCAAUUGAUCACAACAUAGCUAGACUGAAAAAGAAGAUUGUUACCCUCUUCAAACUCAGUUCAGAAGUUGAUAUAAUCCUUACCUAUAUUGAUGAAGAUGGCGAAGUUGUAGCCCUUGAUGACGAUGAUGAGCUGCAUGAUGCCGCUAUUAAUCAGCAUUUAAAUCCUCUUAGAAUCAAUGUCUGUUUGAAAUCUAAUACUAGUAAAGAGUCUUACCUGAGGAAUGAGACUGCAAGUUCUACAACUGCUGCAACUGCUAAUUGUCAACAAGAAGAGAACCAAUCUCCUGGAUUAAGUUCAAUAAUUGAUGAGGUGCUAAAACCUGUCCCUGAACAAUUUCGAUCUUCACUUUCCAAGUUCUCUGCUGAAUUCCUUCCAAAGAUUGCAUCAUCUUCACCAGUAAUAGCUGAUAUAGUAGACCACAUCUCUAAAUUAGGUAUACAAAAUGUCAGUCAGUCUUUGAACAGGCCAACUGGUGAGCCAUCAGAAAUACCUAAUCAAACAAAGACUCAGCCGAAGGAUCUUAACAUCAUUGAGGAACCGAAAGUUCUAAAAACUUCGAUUCCAGUGUCGGCAAUAUCAUCUGAUCCAGUUUCAGAGCAGUUGCACAAGAAACUUGUUCCUACAAGUCAGGUUGAUAUAGACAAGACUCAGGCAUCUGUUUGCAGUUCCAAUUUACCAGCAUUUGAACAAACAUCAGGGAAACCCUCAAUUGAUGAUUUGCUGAGAACAUUUUGGAGUAGCAGUGAAACAUCUGAUCGUCAGAAUCAAAUUGGUAAUGUUAGCUGUCAUGGGAAAUCUGUUAGAGCUUGCCCCCCUUUCUUCGUGCCUCCUUUGCAGACUGGGACACAGAAUGAGAACUACAAUCCAUCAGCUCCAGCUUUGACUAAUGCGGUUACUGACUUGAUGGAUGACCAUGAUAAUAAACCAUUUCCGACUGGUGCAGCUCCUACUGGAACAUUUGAUGGGCUUAAUUUUGAGGGAGACAAACAGCGGUCCACUACAGUCGACCCACCUUUUGUGAUUGGUGUAAGGCCCAAUAGUAGUGGUGUAAGGCCCAAUCGUCAUCCUAACCAAAGGGAUGAUGCAUUUAUUGAUAAUGUGCUCCAUACUUUUCAUAGAGGUAUCAUAUGUGAUGGUUGUGGAAUGCACCCAAUUGUUGGUCCACGAUACAAAUCUAAAGUGAAGGAUAACUAUGAUUUAUGUAGUAUUUGUUUUUCUGAGAUGGGCAAUGGAGCGGAUUAUGCCCUGAUUGACAAAUCUCAUCGGUUUUCUCGUAAAUUGAUCAAGCAUUCUCAUCGUGCUCAUUAUAGACGACGUUCUUCACAUCUGCAUGGUUUUGGGAUGCCAAGAGCAAAAUUAGAGAGUCUCUUUAUCAAAGACGUUACUGUGUUAGAUGGGACCCUGAUCCCUCCUUCAACCCCAUUCACGAAAAUAUGGCGGAUGAGAAAUAAUGGCACUGUUCGAUGGCCUUAUGGUACACGACUUGUUUGGGUUGGUGGUGAUCAAUUUGCUAACCAAGACACAGUUUUAUUAGAGAUUUCAUUUGAUGGGUUUCCUAUGGAGGAAGUUGACAUUGCUGUUGAUUUUGUUUCUCCAGCAAUGGCUGGGAGGUAUGUCUCAUAUUGGAGAUUGGCAACACCUUCUGGACAUAAGUUUGGGCAACAAGUUUGGCUUCUUAUUGAGGUGGAUACCAGUCUACGAAGCUCUGGUAGUGGAUUGAAUCUGAAUUUGCCACCUGAAAGCAGUAUUCAAGGUCCGAUUCGAACUAUUGAUAUCAAUGCAGAUCCAAGUGAUGGUCUUCCUCCUGAAUCGGUCCUUGGUGAUAGUUCAGACAAACUUGUGAAACCCAACAUCAUCUAUGAAACAACAAAACUGAAUGAUAAUCCCACUAACAACAAUGCUCCUGCAUCUGAUGUGGUUCCUCUGUCAAGUCCUAUUCCUAUCAUUGAUUUAACGUCAUCCAAGGGCGACUCUUCUCAAUUGCCACCACCACCUACUACACCGUUCGACAACACUGUUGAGGAUACAUUGCUGAAGGAAUUGGAAGACAUGGGCUUUAAGCAGAUUGACUUGAACAAGGAAGUUCUCAUGCGAAACGAGUAUGACCUGGAGCAGUCCCUAGAUGAACUCUGUGAUUAUGCUGAAUGGUAUCUGCUUCUGGAUGAACUGGCAGACAUGGGGUUCUCUGAUAGGGUGAAGAACAAGCAGCUACUGAUUAAAAAUGGUGGCAGCAUUAAGCGAACCGUGUUGGAUCUCAUCGCUGGAGAGAAAGCGUAGUGUUAAGCACAAAUUCUGUAAAUAACUGAGGAAUUGGGUGACUGCUGCUUGCUUCUCUUUAAGUACAUAUCGAGACUAUUUGGGCUAUUGAUACUUAAUACUGGCUGCUACUUAUAUUUAAGCUGCGAUAUUACUUGUUGGCAUCAAAUUGGUUCCUUUAUUUGCCAGUAUAUUAUGUGGUUUUACCAAGUGUAUCAUGAGAACAGACCUACCUAGUAGACUGGUUUCUGGUUUGAAACAGUUUAAAGGGCGUUUAAAUUUGUUA